CCCUCUGUCUCUUUCAAAACCACCUAAAAGCUCUCUCCCUCUGUCUAGAGCUCUCUACACUGUCAGUAAAGGUCUCGGAGCUCCCAUGACCACAGUUAGCUCUCUCGCUCUCUCCCCCUCUCACCUUCCUGUUUUUCUUUGGCCAUCUUCGUGUUCCUUUUUUGGCAUUUGAGCUUUUGAAUGUGUUCAAUGAAGAGGAAUUCAAUUUAGAUUUUAGAAUCAUGCAUUGCUCUUCCUGAAGGCAAGCAAAUAUGGAUAAGGAAAAUACAGUUGCUGCCAAAGUUGAAGAGCCCACUACCAGAAUUACCCGAGCAAGGGCUAAAGCCUUAGAGACUUUGGGAGGAGUACCUCCUGCCUCAAAAGCUUCCUUUAAGGAUGACCAUAGGCGUGUUCUUAGAGCCAAUACCAAAAGAACAGCAUCAGAUGCUAACAAAGCUUCUAUAACUGCAAUUUCUGGCCUACAGUGCAAGAGAAGGGCAGUGCUUAAAGAUGUGACGAACGUGACGCCCAAGAAUUCAUUUGCAAAUUGCAUCAAUGGAACUAAAGUUCAGACUAGCAAGCAGGCAAGUAAAUAUCCUACAAUUAAGAAUACAGAAGUGGCUGCUGAAAUCUCUCUACAAAUUUCAGAGGUUGAAGAGGAUGUGAAAACUAAGUUGGCUGAAGAGUUGUCAAAAAUAAGAAUGGUGGAAGCACAAGAGAUUAAUUCACCUUCAAAGACAAAAGGAAAACAACAAAGGAAGUGCUUUGGAGCAAGAGAACAUGUUGUAGCAGAUGAAAUGCUUCCAAUGCUUGCUCCCACAGAACCUGCUGGACUCCCAAGCUCUCAAAAGAAAGAAGAAAAUAAGAUUUGCAACAAGCUGGAGUCCACAAGCGGUCCAGGCAUAGUGGACAUUGAUUUAAAUCUAAAAGAUACUCAAUUCUGUGGUACAUAUGCUCCUGAAAUUUAUAACAACAUACGAGUUAAAGAGCUUGACCAGAGGCCUUUGACUAAUUACAUGGAAAAAAUGCAGCAUGAUAUCACUCCUAGCAUGCGUGGAAUUUUGAUUGAUUGGCUUGUUGAGGUCUCUGAGGAGUAUAGGCUUGUUCCGGAUACGCUUUACCUCACAGUUAAUCUCAUUGAUAGAUUCCUCUCUGAAAAUUAUGUUGAGAAACAAAGGCUCCAACUGCUUGGUGUUACUUGCAUGCUAAUUGCCUCAAAGUAUGAAGAAAUUUGUGCACCACGGGUUGAAGAAUUUUGCUUCAUCACUGACAAUACUUACAGAAGAAAAGAGGUAUUGAUAUUGGAGAGUCAAGUUCUGAAUUUCUUGCACUUUCAAAUCUCUGUUCCCACCACAAAAACAUUUCUGAGGAGAUUCAUUCAAGCAGCACAAUCUUCUUACAAGGUUCCUUGUAUUGAACUGGAGUUCCUGGCAAAUUAUUUAGCAGAGCUGACUCUUGUUGAAUAUGACUUCCUAAAGUUCCUACCUUCUCUUAUAGCAGCAUCUUCAGUUUUUCUUGCUCAAUGGACUCUUGAUCAGUCGAACCACCCAUGGAACCCAACCCUAGAGCACUAUACAAGUUACAGCGCACCAGAACUGAAAUCCACAGUACUUGCUCUUGAAGACUUGCAGCAGAACACUAAUGGCUGCUCCCUAAAUGCUAUUCGUGAAAAGUAUAGACAACAGAAGUUCAAGUGUGUGGCAAGUUUGAGGUCUCCACAACGAGUUUCUUCACUCUUCUAAAGAAGAAGAAUAGCUGGGCCUUGCUUUUAACAUGUGCAGCACCUUACAUUAAUCACAAAACAUUUCCUUUUUACCUCUAAAAGGUAAUGUAAUAUGAGUUUAUCAUAUUGUUGUAACAUCUAAUGUUAUUACUAUGGUGGUUCCAGACCCAGAUCACCGUAACCACUAGUAGCAAGUGUAACACACUUAAUUUAAUGUCUUAAGCUGAAUAAUAAUGUUGACAACUUCCUUAGUCCAAGGGAAGUUUUAACAACAGUAGCUUUGAUUAUUCACUAGGUUGAAAACUUUGGCACCGGGAAUAUGUACCUAUUCGGAGAUCACUUUUUGUAUGUAAACCUUGUGAAUUUUAUAAUGAAACAAAAAGAAAUACUUUCAUUUCUUGCUUA